GCGUGCGCGAUUGGACUAUACACAACCGAGCCAAAGCCGUGGGAUUGUUUUUGAGAUUUACAAACGUGGCUACAGUGCAACUAUGUCAACCUGAGUCACUUUUGUUGCCGUUCCCAAAUCAUGUAUGUGGGAUACCUCUUGGAUAAAGAAGGCAGCAUGUAUCACCAGGGACCUGUGAGACGCACAGGCAUUAACAUCCCACCACAGAACUUCGCUUCCGCGCCACAAUAUUCCGACUUUACUGGAUAUCAUCAUGUGCCAAACAUGGAUACGCACGCACAGUCUUCGGGGUCUUGGGGCGCUCCUUACGGUGCGCCCAGGGAGGACUGGGGCUCCUAUAGUCUGGGGCCUCCUAACUCGAUUCCCGCGAGCAUGAACAACAACUCGUCGGGACAAGUAUCUUAUUGCUCGCCUGAAUACAAUCCCAUGCACGCGCAAGGGUCGGCAGUAUUGCAGCCGCCUCCAGAUAAUAUUUCUGUUGCUCAACUUUCCCCAGACAGAGAGAGGCGCAAUUCCUCUUACCAGUGGAUGAGCAAAACCGUGCAGUCCUCUUCUACGGGAAAAACAAGGACGAAGGAGAAAUACAGAGUGGUGUACACGGACCACCAGAGGCUUGAACUGGAGAAGGAGUUCCAUUUUAAUCGUUACAUCACUAUCAGAAGAAAGUCAGAACUUGCGGCGAACCUUGGUCUUUCAGAACGACAGGUGAAGAUCUGGUUUCAAAAUCGCAGAGCCAAGGAGAGGAAAUUAAUCAAAAAGAAAAUGGGAUCUGAUGGCAGCGGAGGUUCGGUACACAGUGACCCGGGUUCAGUGAGUCCUCUGCCGGUACCAGGCUCACUCAGCCCAUCGGAUAUUCACAGCUCUCUCUACCCACCCCCCGGAAUGAACACCUUGCCAUCUAUUAGGAAUAUACAGCAAGUUACUGUCACUCAAUAGAAUCUAAUUUAGACCAUCCAACAUAACUGAGCACUCCGACACGCUGAAAGGACAGUUCCCCAAGACUUGGCUCUCAUUGGAUUAUGACGUCCUGAAGCACAUGCUGUGGAUUACGAAACUUCGAGGAACAAGAUGAUUUAUAAUUGCAACAAAAUGCUGGAGGCUCUUUAAAUAUUGUUUUUAUAGAAUAGUUCGAAUAAUAAAAAACAUACAAAAAUAGGUAUCGUUCAGACAUGUAGGGCUAUAUGCUUAAAUUGUUUGUGUCUGAGUUGUUGAGAUAAAUGUACUUUUUUAAGUGAGAAAGUGUAGACUAUAGGCUAUAGACUAUAGUGUUUGUAAAUAAAAAGAUAAAUCUGGUACAUUUUAUUUGAAGUUUAUCUGGACAGAAAGGGGAUAUUAUUCAUUUGGAGCUUUAAAUGUCUUGACAAACUCUUCAUGCAUUUCUGCUCCAAUUUGAUUGCCAAGCACACUUAACAUUUUUUCUACAGGGGUAAGUGAAGCAGGUUGUAAAUGUGAUGCGGGUAGAACGUUUGUUGACGGCAACGUUCAG